AUGGACGUGGAUGCUGCUAUGAAUUUAUACUGCUUGGGCCUCACCCUGGUUCUACAAGAGUCAACCGGUGUUUUUCCCUCCAUUUCAGCGAUAAUCAUUGGUGCUCUCCUGGGAGUCUGCCUGACUCAGGCCCUGGCCGACGAUUCGGUCAAUGAAAACAACGAAGGAAACAAUGGUGGAAACAGCCACCAGAACGUGAACGUCAGCAACCAAGACCACACUGCCGAUAUCAACAGCUACAAUGGUUGGAAGGUUUGGGAUGCAGUCUGGGACUACAGCAAGGAACUUUUUGCUACCAGGCUGUUCAACAAGAGGGCUUACAUUGUUGCAAAGAUGAAUAAAGAUGCAUUCCCAAGUCUGGAGAAACUCAGCAAGUUCAAGGACCAGAAGAAAUACACCAUUUCAGACGUUCCAUUGUUUGAUUUCAAGUCUGGCCUCCAACUGUUAAAUAAAGUGCUUUCAUGA